AUGUCAGACGCUGGAGCGACUGAGCUCUAUCGCCAAGCCCAUGCAGAACUCGGCAGAGAACUUGCUGUGCUCUCAGCCAUCUUUGCCGACGAUGAGGAAGGAGCCUAUACGGGAGAACGCCAGCCGUCUACAAGUACCCGCAAGUUUCCAUCUUCCUUCACCACCCCAAGUGUUUCGCACCAAACUGGCUCCCGCAUAGCUGGUAUUGAGAACCACGAAGAGCAAGCCGAGUUGAAUAAUGAGGAGGAUGUUGCUGCAGGCUCGUUGUCCAUCUUCCGACCAAAAAGUUGGCUAAAGCGGUUGCUACGCGCCAGUGGUAGGAAAUCGCUGCAAGAGGUUGCAACUCAGACAAUUAUUACACCGCCUCGCAUCAGUGCUCUCCAGGCAUUGCCGGCUGAAUUGCACCUGAAAAUAUUCAGCAGACUUGAUGAGUGCGCAUCCGCAUGUCUCGGACUCACUUGUCACCGAUUCUAUCGGAUUCACCACUGCACUUUCCCUCGAACAAGCAUCAUGACCCGUGGAACAAUCACACACAUCCAAGACCUCGGCAUAAUCGGAAAGCUUGAGGUUCAUAGAUACGUCUAUCUCGUUCAGCUGUUGGUGGAGUGGCUUGGAGGAAAGAAGAAUCUGACAUGGGCCCAGAAGAGAGCUUUGCUGUAUGCUAAGGAUUUCCAGAGGAAGGAUAACAAGAGACAGGAGAAGCUCGAGGACAAUGCUAUCAACGAAGUGCUUCGUGCUGAUCCUAUUCUCGAUGAUAUGGUGUGGGAAGAGAGAUUGGGAAGAGUCAUGAUUUGA